AUGCGAGUCAGGGUAGUGCAGAACAAAAUCUCCUACAAUAUGUCAUCCAAGGUUACAGAAGCUCUGCUGCUCUUAAAAAAGCAUGGGGGCAGGGCGGGGCAGAGCAUGGGGGCAGAUGAAGGGGAUGGGGCGGAGCAAGGGGCGCAAGGAGGAGCAUGGCCCAAUCUUGCCCUCGUCUCGUUCACGGCCUUCCUCACCCCCGUGCGCCUCAUCUCCUGCAGUGCCUUCAACACCGCCUGCUCCUUUUCCUCCACUUCCUUCUCUCCCUCAUCUCCCUCCUCUCCCUUCCUCCUCUCCCUCCUCCCCCUCCUCUCCUUCUCCCUUUUCCGUUCUCUGCUCAUCUCCCUUGCGACCUCAUCAGCCCUCCUUUGUCCAUGCCCCAUUCCCGCCAGUACCCAUGCCUAA